AUGGCGCCCAAGAAGGAGGAGCCCCCUGCCAAAGCAGCCCGCUUCGGGCGUGUCCGCAACAAUUUGAAAAUGGGAAUAUUGGGUCUCCCCAACGUGGGGAAGUCCAGCCUUUUCAACCUCCUCACGGAACAGAACAUUGCCGCAGAGAACUACCCCUUCUGCACCAUUGACCCAAACGAUAGCCGCUGUGCAGUACCAGACGCGCGCUAUGACUGGCUCUGUGACCUUUGGAAGCCGCCGUCCAUGUACCCGGCCUACCUCCACGUCACAGACAUCGCCGGCCUGGUGCGCGGCGCCGCGGAGGGCGCGGGCCUGGGCAACGCUUUCCUGUCGCACGUGGCGGCGGUGGACGGGCUGUUCCACGUGGUGCGCGCCUUUGAGAGCGACGAGGUGGUCCACGUGGACGACAGCGUGGACCCCGUGAGGGACCUGGACACCAUCCAGAUGGAGCUGUGCAAGAAGGACCUGGAUUACGUGGGCCGCAUGGAGGACGACGCCCUGAAGGACGUCAAGAAGACACCCAACAUGAAGCUGCCCCUCCACUUCUACUCCACCUUUGAGAAGGUGAGGGAGCUGCUCAAGGCGAACAAGCCAGUGCGUGACGCCGAGUGGACCGCCAAGGAGGUCGAGCUGAUCAUGGAGAAGAUGCCCGCGCUGCUGACGGCCAAGCCCGUGGUGUACCUGGUCAACAUGAGCGCGGCGGACUUCCAGCGCAAGAAGAACAAGCACCUGCCCAAGAUCCACCAGUGGGUCCAGAGUGGCCCUGACUGA